CAAGUCAUAUGUCAUUCCAAUCUCUGACUCAUGUGACAUUUUAUUUACGGUAAUUUUUAUAACCUGAGAAACGAAUAUAUUUUAAUGAAAUUACCACAUCAUAUUUAAUAAUGUCUCCAUUUAGUAAUUUAUGUCGUUUGAGUAACUUCAUAACAGGCAGCUAUAAGAAUGUAUUACUUGGAAGAACAAACUGGAUUAAUCAAACCCAAAUAUGUAAUUAUACGAAAAAGUCAGCUGAAGCGAAGUUAGGGAUUGAGAAGCCAAAGCGACCUCUAACUCCUUUCUUUAAGUUCAUGACGCAGAUGCGACCUGCUCUUCUCGCCAAGAACCCUGGCAUUAGCUCCAAAGAAGCCAUAGCCUGGAGUUCUAAACAUUGGCAACAGUUGGACAAUGAGACAAAGUCACAAAUGCUAAAAGAAUAUGAAAAAGAUCUGGAGGAUUACAAAAAGAUCAAAGAUAUCUAUGAAUCUUCACUCACCGAUCAGCAAAAAGAGGAUAUCAAGAGAGUCAAAGAUGAAAUGGCUGCUGCUAAAGAAAAAAGAAAGCUCAAAGCUGAAUAUAAAGAAAUGGGCCGGCCAAAGAAACCAAUGUCUUCCUACUUCUUAUUUGCCCAAUCAAGACAUGAUACAUUUAAGGGUAGUGAUAUGAAAGAAUACCAAGAAAAGUUGAGAACAGCCUGGUUAAAAUUACCUGAGAGUGAAAGAGUGGCUUUCGAAAAACAGGCUCAAAGUCUUAUGAUAAAGUAUAAGAAAGAUUUAGAAGCAUGGGAAUUGAAAAUGUUAUCAUUAGGUCGUUCGGACCUUAUUAGGCAGAAACCUACCCGGCAGAAGAAAACAAAAUCUGCUAAAGAUACACAAUAGGAACUCGGGUGCUCUGAUGUAUCAGUUAAUUCUUUACAAACAAAAUCUAGUGAUAAAGAAAAUAUAUCUAGCGUACCAAAUACUGAAGGUACAAUAAAACCUUUAUCCACACUUCAUAAUGUUCCUCUAAAAUCUGAUAAUUCAGAUGGAAAAUGCAAUACAACAACAUUAGAAAAAGUACAUCAGAGCACGGGUGAUAAGAAAACUGUUAAAAAUAGUUUAAAUCAAUCGGAGAAUACCUCAAAAACUGAAGAGAUAAAGAGUAAGACGAUCAUGACUAGUAUUAAAAGCUUUUUUAAAUUUUAGAGUUUAGUUACAUUUAGUUUGCAGUAGUGUCGACAUCAUUUACUUAAAGAAUUUGCAAUGUAUAAAUUCAUUUCUUAAAAAUAAUAUAAGAACUUCAUAAAGAUUUAUGCAUUUA